CCAGGAGAAAACUAAGGAACCGAACUCGCCAAACCCGUCAAACAAAUUAUGCCCUCAGGCAAACCUUCUUCUGUCUUCCCUUUACAUCCCAAACCAACACCAUUAAAACCUUCUAGCAGCACCAGCAACACCAAUAGCAGCACAAACCAAGCCUGCGCCGCCUGCAAAUACCAACGCAGGAAAUGCGCUCCCGAUUGUCUUCUCGCCCCUUAUUUCCCUCACGACCGUCACCGCCAAUUCCUUAACGCGCAUAAGCUCUUUGGAGUCAGCAACAUCACCAAGAUCAUCAAAUCCCUUACCCCUCCUGAGAAAGACGCAGCUAUGCAUACAAUCAUGUUUCAAUCCGAUGCUCGUGCCAAUGAUCCUGUUGAUGGAUGCUAUGGCAUCAUAAGAAAGCUUCAAUACCAGAUCGAAUACACCAGAAACGAAUUGGAGAUUGUUCUUCAGCAAUUGGCUAUGUUCCGUGACCGUGCUCAGCAUCAUCAUCAAGAAACGCAAAUCCAGAUGCAAGAACCAGAGGAUCUCUCGAGUUUUUCGAGUUCUUGUGAUCUAAACAACAACAACAACUCGAUUCCUUACAGUUACCCUAUGAAUCACAUUCAAGAACCAAAUCAACAACAACAACAAUAUUGUGCUUCCGGUAAUAACUUCAAUGGGUUACAAGAAGACAUGUGGUGUCUUCAACUUCAAGAUUCAUCAACGACAGUGAAUAUGAAGGCUGGUUUCAUUGAUGAAUGUGAAGACGUUAAGCCUGUGGAAGAGGUUUCUAGCGAAAGACACGAGUUCGAGCCUCAUGAAUCUUUCGUUGAACAACGGAAACUCGACUUGCCUUCCGCACAAUUCAUCAUUUCUUCUUAGCUUUUUUCUUCUUCUUCAUUUAUACAGUUUUUUUGUUAAUCAGCUUACAUUUUCUUGAAACUUAGCCUUCAUUUUCUUCUUUUUUUGAUUCUUUCCAUUCGGAGUUUUUGUAUCUUGUUUUAUAGUUUGUCUCAGGAUUAGAAUGAGUAGGCAUGGAAUCUUCAUGAAUAAAAUAUUUUCAGUGUU